UCCUUUCCUUUCCGAUUUCCGAAUAUUUCCGAUUGAAUUGAAGGAAGGCAUAUUGAAGGCGAAGUCGAAAAGUGAAAAGUGGAAUAUUCAUUCAGGAAAUAUAUUUUUCCUUACAAUUUUUGAGUGUUAUUCGUAAUAUCAAUGUGAUAAUACGAAUUUAAUGUUUCAAAGUGGUUGUUCGAUAGUUCCAACAACAGGCAGUAAUCAAGUGUGUUAUUAUGGUGUCAAAAACUUGUGUAUCUCGUAUUGAAAUGACGUGAAAACGUAUUUCAGUAGACAUUAUAUUACGGAGAAAUGUACUGUUGAUAUUACCAGCAUGAUGCAGUCGACAUCUGAGGGGUGUAUGAAUAUCGCCGAGUUGGCGAAUCAGCUCAGACGGGAGAAGAUAUUUAUCAACUCUGAGCGACAGCUGCUGCAGAAUCUCAAUGAAGAGGUGGAGAAGAGCGCCUUGGAGCUGCUGCAGACGGCGUGGAUAUGUUCCAUGCAGCGGCAGAACCUCACCAACCUGAUAACGACGCGAUGCGAGGCCGAGUCGAUAGUCGCCUGCCAGCGAGCCAGCCUGCUCGAAGCCACAACCUUCGUCGACGUCUACAAGGUUCUGAAGUAUAAGGAAGCAACAGCUUUAGGCGAGCUGCUGGGAUGGCUACGAGACUCGCCGCACCUGGUGGCGUUGUCGCUCAUGCUGGGAGAAGAGCAUAUGCCGGCGACGCUGCCGUCGGCGCUGGUGGCCGGCCUGUACGGCAGCUGCCGCUCGGCGGCUGACCGCACGCGGCUGCUCGCUGUCAUACGCCUGCUCAUCAAGCACCAGAUGACGCCCAGCAGCGAUCCCAGAAAGUUAUUCCGCACAGGGCGUUGCGCACUAGCAUCCCUGUACGCGGUGUUUCGUGACGGGCACACGCCGGCGCGACAGUUCUUAGUGGCGGCGCUGCAGGGGCCUGUAAUGGCCGUGCUGCACGAGGACGAAUUCUUCUUGGACAUCGACCCUGACAAGGCUAUGGAGCGAUUUUCCCCACAAGAUCGUCUAAAGAAGUUCGGGCAGGCGAACUCUGCUGAGUACAACGCGAAAGUGGCGCGCUACCGCAAGUGGAUCGUGCAGUCGCUGUACAACCUAACCAGCAAGUUCAUCGCCUCGCUAAGGGAACACUGGCCCAACUUCCCCGCAACUAUUGCCUGGAUUGUACAGCAGAUGGUGCAUCUGCUCAAACAGCAUUCUAGGACGACAGAUCGUGAUCUCCACGCGAUAUGCACAGAUGUGGUGUUCAACCACUUCAUCUGCCCGGCGAUUGUGAACCCGGAGGCCCACGGCGUGGUGGAGGUGCCCGUCUCAUACAUCGCGCGGUUCAAUCUCAUACAGAUCGCGCAGAUCAUCCAGAUGCUCUGCCUUGCUCGGUACCAGGAGGUGGAGAGCAAGGUGCGCGACGUGUACAACAAGUUCGAGCGGUCGUGCGUGUGGUCGCUGGCGGAGGCGCUGGCGGGCGAGGCGUGGGCGCCGGCGCCGCCCGCCGCCGGCGCGCCGCCCGCGCGGCCCGAGCCGCUGCCCGCGCCCGCCGACCGCGCCACCACCUGCGCGCUCUACGCGCCCGCCGACGUCGCCUUGCUGAUAACAUUCCUGAAGCGAAUCUCAUCGAAGCUGAACAACAACACGCCGAGUGUGACGUCAGAGGAGCAGUCGAGCUCCAGCUCGGGGCCCCUCACCGAAGCGGGCGCAGGCGCUUAUAGUGACACAUCAAGCGAAGGUGCAUCGGAGGCGUGCGCGGCGCGUCUCGCGGCGCUGCUACAGACACUGGAACCCAACUACCGCAGCCGGCUGCACGACCUGCUGCGGAAGGUGCCCGAUAUGACCAAGUACAGACCAUCUCCCUCAUCAGAAACCAAAGAAAGCAUAGAGAACGGACACACACCUAAGAAGAGCAUCCUAGCCAAAGUGCCUAAGCCACGGCUUCCUCGGAGCGGGAGCUCAAAUUCCACAUCAUCCCAGAGCGAUGAUAAGCCAGUCAACGGAAGCGAUAAAGACGACAUAACACCGGAGCAGGAAGAAGUGCUCAUCAUUAAAUUGGCCAGCUUGGAAGAACAUGAUUAUGUUGGUCUAGUGCCAGAGUCGAAGGUGCUGGAGUGCUACUAUGGAGGUUCAGAGGCCGGCGAUGCGGACGACACCGGGUCGGCUCUCGCCGUGGCCGGACCUGGCGCACCCGUACAAAAGAGGACCAGGUUCUCAGUAUCACACGACGAGGUUUCUCUGGGCAACACGUCGGACAACUUGGAGGCUGUCUCAGAGGCUGCUUCCAACCACAGCGUCACUUCCAGUUUAGAGCUCGAGACAGAGGACCAGAACGACAACCUCUCAGAUAUGGUGUCAGCCAACGUGAGCGGUCGCGGCAGCCCCAACAUCUCCGGCAGGGAGACCCCGUCGUCCCAGGUCACAGACGGCGACGCCGCUGGCGACGCGCCGCCCAGACGUCUUCCACAAAACGCACCUGUGAGCCAAGCCAACAGCAGCGCCCAAGCUAAACUGCUGAAGCAGGCGAGAAACGAAAUCGAAGACAAAUUCUGUAAAUUUGAAAUCAAGAAACUCCUGGAAGGCGACGAGACCAUCAGCAUAAUGUCGGACACGUGGAGCACGGACGUGCUGGCCUCCGACUCCGAGACCAUCGGCGACUCUUGCGACCACACGCAGAUUGCUGCCAACCAAGGCACUGCCAACAACACGAACGCCCCUGAUGUGUCGGAGACGGCGAGCGAGUCUGCCUGGAGCAUGGACGUCCUCGCCUCGGACAGCGACCGCAACACAGAGGUGGAUACAGACGACUGCGUGUCGGUAGCUGCUCGCUCAGACACCUCCUGGCCACGACGACCCUCCAACCAGGAAGAAUCUACGCCCGUCAAAACAUCACAUCAGAAUGGUAACGCCAAAAGACCAGACGUUAACAGCCCACGGCACACGGCGCGCCCUAGUUUACCAAACAGGUCUGGUGGAGGCUACCUGAGUGCGACAGCAGCACUGUCUCGCGGCGGCGAGCUGGAUCUCGCGUCGCAGGGGCCGCAGCACUUGGCCAUGGAGAACAGGAAGAGCAUCCUUGUCAACGGGUACCCGGUAAUGACAUGUUAUGCUACCUCAGCGCCCGACAGCCCGAGUACGUCGGCGCCCGUGCCGUUACCGAGUGAUGCCUUCGAUUACGUGCCACAAAAUGGCAACAGCGCGGCAACAGAAUCCACCUUAGACGGCGGCAACAACAGCCAGUCAGAUGCGACCAGCCAGUGGGUGGACGACAGCUUCCCUCAACCGCACCACUCCCACGAGCCGCACCACCGCACAUACCCCUCCAAAUACGACCUCCCUUCCACCUCCAAACCUUACGACGACAACGACAUGGACCGGAGCCUCAACUCUAGCGAGAGCUCGUUCAACGCUCUGUCUGUCUCCCAAUAUGACAGGAGAUUCGAUUCCGGAAUAGACACCGAACGCCCCGAAGAGUCACGCUCAACAAUAACGGACCUAAUGACUCGUAUGUCCUCAGCGACUAUCUCCACAUCAGCUAACUUAGUCAACAACCUGACGCAACGAAUAGUCAAAUCGGAGAUUCGGACGAGUAUAGUCAGUAUAAGCUCUUCGAGGAUUGAGAAGAAGCGGGACGGGACGAGUAAUAUGUCACUGAGUACGUUGUCAGUAAAUAGUGCGGAGACGUCGGUUUCUGACAAGAGUUCCAGCCAGGACGUGAACUCUGAGAAUGUGACGGAGCGCCGAGUGAGCCCGCCUCCGGUAAAGACUGCUUCCACUGGAGCUAUUCCCAAGAGCAUCAGCUUCGAUGCUACGGCUGAGAAGUCACAGAGGAGGCGGAUAGUAGGCGAUGAAGGGUUGGUAGGGAACUUGGAUGAACUGAAGAACAAUGUGAAACGUUCCGGCGGCAACCUGCUGCAUAAGAUCAAGAUGUUCCGGCAAAAGGGACGCUCGCAUACGCACCACAACGAUAUAAAAGUAUCAGAAGAGGAGGCGCGCAGCGACGACGGUGGUCGCGGCGAGCCGAGCGCCGAGAGCUCGGAGGACAUCCUCGCCAAGUACCGCCGCAAGACCUCCACGGACUCCAGCAAGCAUCGCCGCGCGCAGCGACGGCUCUCCGACCUGCCCGACGCUGAACUGGACAGAUGUGAAGGCGUGUUAGACCUGAACGACCCUGAAGUGUUCAACAGCAUGAAGAGGAAACUGCGCAUGGUGUUGUCCAACUCGGAUCUACACUGCGUAGAAUACGUGCCUAAUCGUUGCACAAGUUCGUCGCUAGUGGAGUGGAUCCGCGCGGCGGCCGCGUGCGCCAGCUCGGAGGCGGGCGCGGCGCACGCGGGCGAGCUGGCGCGGGCGCUGGCGGGCGCCGGCGGCGGCGGCGGCAGCAGCGGCGGCAGCGGCGCCGCCCGCCUGGCCGCGGCGCUGCGGGCCGACCUGGCCGCCCGCAGGCCCUACGCGGCCUACCUCGCCUCCUGCCGGGCGGCGCUCACGCAUACCCUGCAUGCGCUCAACACUCAGAUCGCGGUGGUGAGCGGCGAGUGGCAGGCGUGCGCCCGCGCGGCGGCCGCGGCGCGCGUGCUGCAGCAGCUGGAGCGCGGCAACGCGCUGCGGAGGCUCGCCAAGCACCACCACGCGCACAACAACCACGCCAUGCACAACGGAGGAAGCGAGCUAAUGGACGAGAAAGCUACAAGACUGACGGCCAGCAUAAAGGCCAUUACUGCCGAGGUGAAAGCGGACCCUUCGUGGGAAGGUGCAUCAGCCAACUUGUUGGAGAUGGCGGAGAUCACGGUGGAGCGGGCUGCCUUCGCGCGGCUGUAUCUCCACGUGCUUUUCCCCAACGGCGACGGGGACAUCGCGCGCGACCAGGUGCUGAGCGAGCACAUCCGCCGCCUGGCUGCGUGCACGAGCGCGCUGCGGGCGGGCGUGCCCGCGCCGCACGUGUGGGCCGCGCCCUUCCCGCGGGCGCAGGCCGUGCUGCGCCACCUGCCCGUCUACCGCACGCCCCGGGACAAGUUGUCGUGUAUAAUGCGGUGCGUGCGCUCCAUCAUGGCCGUGCUGGGCCUCUCAGAGGGCGCCACGCCCUCCGCGGACGACCUCACGCCCGUACUCGUCUACGUCAUACUCAAGGUGAACCCGCCGUCGCUGCUGUCGACGAUCGAGCUGGUGAACGCGCUGGGCGGCGCGGCGCUGUCCGGCGAGGCGCUCUACUGGUGGACGCAGUUCUGCUCGGCCGUCGCCUACAUCAAGACCAUGGACUACCACCACCCCGACUCCUAGCCCGAGCACACACGCCUGAUAUCAGCGCGUGUCAACGAAUCCAAAUUCGGUUACCCCGCUCCGCGGCGCGAACGGCGGUACACUAUCUAAUCACACUAGCGACCAAAUCAUCUGUAUAGCACCACCCUACUUCUACACAAUAUCGACUAGUAUCUCGCUGUAAACAUGCCCUAGAAAACACGAAAAUAGUCAUCUCAUACGAUAUUUAACUUAAUAUUAAGGCUGCGUGUCCAUUGACGCGGAGAUGUGCAGGAAUCGACCAAUCACCGUGAGGGAGAGAGUGACAGAGCGUCUUCGUUUUUCGCUCUCUCGAACGCUGUGAUUGGUCAAAUCCGCACAUUUCCGCGUCAGUGGAAACCCAGCCUAACACAUCAUGCUUGGAUUCAUUGCUAAUUAAUAUCUUUAGCGCAUAAGCCGCAUAUACGUAAAUACAUUAAACUCGAUUCUGAUUAGUUAAUACUGCACACUGCUUAUACGAUUACUUACACCCUUAUUCUAAGAUCUUAACUCGAACCUUACUGUACUCCGUCCCCAGUUGAGGUGACCUUAGGGUCGGACGACUUCAGCCAUUGAUGUUUUUUGCAUGGUAUAAGAAAACCAGGUAUGCUCAAUCCUAUGACAAGCCGCCAUUGCUCGCCCUUUGUUUUUUUUUUUGAAAGGGUUUAACGGCUCUGGCCUAGUAGCCUUUUCAACCUGUCAUUAAUUGAGCAUAUUACUUAGUUUUUAUCGUUUGACGUUUUGUUCAAAAAUUAGGCCUCGCCCUUUGAUGACGUGUCACCAUUAAAUUGGUAUCUCCAACAUUACAAGGACGUAAAUUUUAUUGAAAAUUAAGUGAAUUACUGACGAAUGUAUUUAAUUUCUAUUAUUUGUCAUAUAAAUAAAAAUCAUUAAAACUUUAAGUAAAUCUAUUACUAAAAGUUAAAAAUUUGCUGGCAAAGUAAAUAUAAGAACAUUGGUCGUGGGUAAUUUAUUUGUUACCAAAAUGGCAACGUAGUGUUGGAUGACGUCAGCUGGACUAACCUUGAAAUGCUAGCUGUCAGUUUUGAGCAUACCUGGUUUUUUUAUACCAUUGUUUUUUGUCUGCCAAAAUAUGGACCUUGUGAUGUCUGAAUUAAAGAACAUAUUAUUAAGCAAUACCUCGAAAUCGCCUCAAAAUCAGUAUUCUCAACCUUAUCUCGAGUUUACUCCAGUGGGGCGGAAUUGAGGCAUGACGUCAUUAGUUUCGAUUUAUUAUGUUGGCAGUAUGAUAUGCUCGACUCCAGUGAGUAAAGUUCUCAAAUAGAGGACGCAAAUGUUAACUUGAAGUACCAAAAUGUUCAACUGAGGCUGAGUCGAGUGAUGGUUCGAGUUAUCAUCUUAGAAUGUUUUAUAGCUAACUAACCAAAAUCGGACUUACUGUGUAAAAAAUAACCCUAAUUUAGCAUAUCAAGUCACAAGUAAUAUAAGAAAUAUCGAGUUCUCAAAUGAUCGAACAUUUUAGUAGUGGCUUGUUAUGCAUUUUUCUAAUGUAGAUAGCGAUAUGUUACAAAAAACCUGUGUACUAUUCUUGUAUAUUAUAUGCAUAGGCAUAGUUCUUCAGAUAUAUUAUUCUUGUAUCGAAUAUUAGUAUGAAGUAACAGAUAAUUGAUAUAAAAUUGCAUUUUAAAUUUUCAUGUUUCAAACACUCAAAAUUUUCUGUACGUCCAUUUCGCUGAUGUGUGAACACCUUAAAGGCAGUUGGGGAACUGGAGGCUUUAGUAUAGGGCUUCCUUAAAGUGUGGAAGAUUUUGCACCUGACUGUACUACUGGGGCGAAUCGAAGGUACGAAUGCGACGCGAGGUGUAACCAUCAUAAGGUAUAUAUCGAGUAGGUGCGUUGUUGUCGAUUCGGGCAACUACCAACCUAAUUUGACAGGACUAGAACUAGCUGCGUCUCUUUCUUGCACAUAUUGUAAGUUAAAGAGGCCACUAAUCUAAGAACUGUCAAACUAAAAUUAAGUUUCCCAAAUAGGCACCAUUGUACGAGCUAUACCCGGCUUAAAGCAUGAUUAGAAUGGGAGCAUGAUAGAGAUUAUAGUCGCCUAGUGAGAAAAACACGAGAGAUAGAUACGUCUCGUUAGUAAACGGUAUACAACUUAGUAUGAAAGAGUAGACAGAAUUCUCUCACUCUAAUCAUGCUACCUUUUAAAGGGUCUAGUUCUACAUUAUUAAGAAAAGUUAGUAAAUGAAUGUUGAUCAUUUCUGUGUCCACGCGCCGGUGGCGCCUCGUGUCGUCUCGUUAGACUGUGAUUUUAGAGUUGGAUACGAAAUACUCGCUAUAAAGGUGUAUUUUUGAGAACGUUUCAAAAAUGUGUGAUAUUUAACGUAAAUGAUAUUGAAUCGUCGCCGAAUGUGGAUGUAAUUUAUUGAAGAAAAAAAUAUAUAGUUUUAUAAGCUAACAAUCAGUUACGAAUUUAGGAUAAGGAAACGAUGGUAGCAAAAAUUAAGCGUUAAAACGUUCCUUCAUCACUUACAGGACUUAUAUAAAUCAUAAAUUCAUGUGAGUGCCAGUGUAGAGCGUGUCCCUUAUCUUGGCAUUGCCGUCAUAACGGAUCGGGAUACUGACUACACAGAAAAAAAUGUGUUAAUUUGUCGCCAAAUACCAGAAUUUAGAAGUUACAAGCAUUUUUUGGUGACAAUGCCAGAAUAAGCUUUUCCCCAGCAACACUUUUUUGUUACAGCACUUAGCGUAGAUCUAAUUUCAUCACCAAAAUUUGGCUUCUUUCAGGUUUUUUUCUGUGUAGUAUGUUUUGGUAGCAGUGCCAAGAUAAGGCACACGUAUAGAGCCAUAUUUUGUGUAAAAAAACCUAAAAUGUGUCUAUGUAAAAUCACUUGUUUAUACUAUAUACUCAAGUGUACAAAACGUUUAUUUUAAUAUUGUAUUAUUAUAACGGCUAUAGAAACGUAUUAACAUGAAAAACAAAUCAAACUAUUAUGCCGUGGAAUCUCAAGGCAGCAAAUAGUUUACCUAAUAAACUUGUAUGUUUAAAUACAUUUGAAUUUUAUGUCUUAACUGUGAACCCACAGCUCCAAUUUCACGAAAAUAUUUGUUUUUGUAAUAGAACUAAAAUGUUAAUAAAAUAGAUUAAGUGGCACCAGUUUAUUUCGCACUUAUUCAAAAGACACUAAUACAUAACACCACUAAAUAUAAAGUGUAGUAUUUACAGAGGCCAAAAAAUAUUCGUUAUCAGGCGUUCUUGAACCCACAAUGGAUUUACUUACGUCACCAUCAUGAAGGAUUUUCCCGUGGUCUUUUAUUGUAUGCAUUUUAAUCAGUGUAACAGGAUUGUAGUAAGCUUCGUCUUGCCUAGGUAUUGUUUGAACUAGACUGCAAAAUGUAACUAUAGUAUAGAACAUUUUAACCGGCAUAGUCUAGACUAUAUUGUAACGUAAAAUAUAAUGUAAUCGGAGCAAUGAAUAUUGUAUUUAGCAAUAAAUAAUCAUGUCUACAA